GGUUCAUUCGCUUCUCUUCCAAAAUGGCGGAAGAACCAGCACGAGAAUGGAGCGAUGAUCAGCUCAAAAGUGAUGAUCUCCCGAAAAAAGACCUUAUUAAGUUUAUCCAAGAUAAUGCGGCUAACUCGUUUCUUGCCGAGCACAAGCUUCAGGGAAACAUAAAGAGUGUUGCGAAAACGGCAAAGAAAGAGCAAUUGAUGAUUGCCUACAAUCAGCUGUUUGAGACCAAAAAAUUUAAAGGAACUGAACCCAUUGAAGAAGUCAUUGAGCAGGUUAAAACUGUAAAAAUUGAGGAUGACCCGAGUAAAGACGCAAAGACAGAACUUGUGGAUGAGGGUCCACCCAAGUACUUCAAGUCGGUGCUGAAGAAAGGCGACAAAACAAACUUCCCCAAGAAGGGUGAAAACGUGAGCUGCUGGUAUACGGGGUCCCUGGUGGACGGCACCGUCUUCGACACAAACAUCCCCACAACGGCCAGAAAGAAGAAGCAGUCCAAGCCUUUGAGCUUCAAAAUUGGCAUGGGCCGAGUCAUCCGAGGGUGGGAUGAGGCCAUCUUGACCAUGAGCAAAGGCGAGACCGCCAAGUUGGAAAUCGAGCCAGAGUGGGCCUAUGGGAGGAAAGGUCUUCCAGAGAACAAAAUCCCUCCCAAUGCCAAACUGAUCUUUGAAGUCGAACUGGUAGCUGUGGACUAGCGGACAAAGGCUCGCAUGCACAUCCCAAACUAAGAAAAGUGUCACAAGAUGACCAUGCUUGAAAGAUAACAUUUUAAUUCACAUAUUGAUUACGAUUGGCCUGGUUUUGUUUACACCCGUUAAUGGUUUGUUUGUCUUGUCAAAUUGUUCAUGUAUUAUUUACCUUUCCAGCAUGGCCAAACAAGUGAUGACUUGUCAAUACUGUACAUAACAGGAGUCCUGACGUUUUUCUGUAUUUGUUUUGCAUGUUCAACGUAAGGUAUGAUUAAAGAAUUUUGAAACCGA